AUAGGGAAGAUGCAAUAUUUUUAUUUAUGUUUUCAUUGUAAAGCAUUCCAUGUAGAAUAGACCACAAGUAUAUUAAAAAUUAAAAAAAACCCUAAUUUAUUGCAAAAAAUGCGUUUUGAAACUGACAGUUUAAAUUUUCGCGCGGAAACGGACCUAUAGUUCCGAUGACGUCAUACCUGUUUGUCGAUGUCUGUCACUGUUCACUGUUUGUUACCGUCGCUGGCUUUUUUCAAAGGACAUCAACCAAAAUGGGCUAGAGUUUUGAACAGCUGUAUUGAGAAAAAAGAAGUUCACAAAUAAUUUAAUAAUAAUAUUUAAUGAAUUUUGAUUUCUAUUCGGGAGUGUAAAUAUAAAUAAUAUUAAAUAAGAAUAAAAACAGUUUUCUAAUUGAUUAUUGUUAUUAUUGGUGACACUGCCAUGACAACAGUUUUGUGACAGUUCUUUUUCGUAUUAUAUUGUGAAUAUUAUUUCGAUUUUGGCUAUUUUUGACGACUGUGCUAUUCAAAAUGAAUUCUGGUGAUUUUCUAUCCGACGACCCCGGCUCACUCUUAGACUCAGUACCCGCUCAAACGUUAACCCUGGCAACGAAGCCGCUUUACAUGACGACGACCCCGUAAACUUGGACUUUCCGAUUUUGCCUAGUGAAUCUAUAUAUUGUGUCAAUUGUGGAGCUGAAAUCACUCACAGGAGAAGACACAAUGUUAAUCUUGUGGAAGUGCAGCGAGUUAUGUGCUGCAAUGGAUCGCACCACAAGUGGUAAGUCAUUAAGUAAGUAAGUGUAAGUGGUUGCUGCGAAUGCUGCGCUCAUAUCAUAUCUGUGAUAUGGUAUUUAAGUUGGGCAAGGCAUGAAAAUGUAACUCCACCAGCUCAGUUUCUAGAAAAUGUUAUUGUAGUGUUUGUGUCAGUAUAGUAACUAUAAAGAUAGUUACAUAUAUGCACAUACACUGUCUCGUGCACACGGAUGGUGGGGCGCGCACGGUAUACACCAUACCAUAGACUAUACAAUAUGGAUAAUACACGCUGAGACACGGUCGAGAGCGGACGCGCGCCUGCACAUAUCGUGUGUUGUCGAGCCAGUGGCAGUUUGUAGUGAUCAGUGUGAUACGGAGUAUAUUACAAGUGGCGACGAGGACAAAGGUCGCCCCAACUGACUCUUCACGAUGUCAAACAACUUACCGCCAUUAGAAAAAUUAGACUUGGAAGGCGACAGUGCCUCAUUAGGUCAACGUUGGGAAAAAUGGAAAAGAUCUUUAUAUAUUUACCUGGAGGCGACAGAAAUCACGACACCUAUAAAAAAAGAGCGACACUCUUAUUAUUAGGUGGUUCGGGCUUACAGGAGAUAUUCUACAACUUACCCGGCGCAAAUGCAGAAUUAAGUGGUGAUAAUGAUGUGUUCGCAAUUGCAAUAGCAAAGCUAGAUGAUUAUUUCACUCCUAAGCAGAGUAAAGUUUACGAAAGGCAUUUAUUCCGUCUGUUAAAACAGGAAGAAGAUGAGAAAUUUGAAAAAUUUUUAGUGAGGUUAAGAAAACAAGCGGAGAAGUGUCAGUUUGAUAAGCCUGAUGAUCAUUUAAUCGACCAGAUAGCAGAAAAAUGUACAUCAGUAGAUUUACGUAAGAAAAUUUUGAAAAUAGGGGACAAUAUAACUCUUGAGAAAAUAAUUACGGAAGCUAACACGUUAGAGGUUGUCAAUCGGCAAAUGGAAGAAUAUGGGCAGAAGAAUAAGUCAGUUAGUCAGGAAAUAAAUGCAAUAGCCCCUUCCAAAAGAAGACAGUUAGACGGAGAAGGAAGAGCUUUUAAAUUUGAUGUAAAACGAUCAAGGGUCAAUCCAAGUAAGAAUAAAGGAUGUGGCAGAUGUGGGAAUCAAAAACAUGCAUCGGAAGAUAUAAAUUGUCCGGCAAAAGGAAAAAAAUGUCACAGCUGUGGAAAAUUUGGCCAUUUCAGGCAAUAUUGCAAGACUCAAGUCUCUCGGAAAAGGAAGAAUGACGAAAUCGAUAAGCGGGAAGAUCAGCCGAUUAAGCUGGCUCGUAAACAGAAGGAAGUGGAUCACGUAGCAGAUGAAGAAAUAGACUAUGUAUUCAAUAUUAACGAUGAUGCGAAUAUAGAAUGUGAAGUGGGUGGCAUAAAGACAACGAUGUUAAUUGAUUCUGGAUCAAAAUAUAACCUAAUAACUGACACAACUUGGAAUACUUUAAAAGAAAAAGGAGUGAAAUGUUCAAAUCAAGUUAAACAAUCAGAUAAAACACUUUUAGCUUACGGCAGUAAAAUACCACUUGAAAUUAUGGGAUCAUUUGAGACAACUAUUAAAGUAAACAAACAGGAAGAACGUACAAAUAUUUAUGUUAUUGCAAGAGGAUCAAGAAACUUGUUGGGCAAAGACAGCGCUUUACGCCUUGGAGUACUGAAGCUCGGUAUUGGAAUUGAUCAAAUUCGGAAUGGGCCGUUCCCAAAAUUUAAGGAUGUCAUGAUAGAGAUACCCAUCGAUAAUUCUAAAAAACCCGUCUGUCAACCCUAUCGUAGAAUUCCAAUACCAAUCGAAAAUAAAAUAGAAACUAAAAUUAAGGAAUUAUUAGAUAGUGACAUUAUUGAAGAAGUUCGAGAACCAUCAAAAUGGAUAUCUCCAAUAGUGCCGAUAUUAAAAGACAACGGGGAAUUACGACUUUGUGUAGAUAUGAGACGUGCAAAUACGGCAAUAAUGCGAGAAAAUCAUCCAUUGCCUUCAAUGGAACACCUUCUGCCUAGGAUAAAGAAAGCCCAAUAUUUUAGUAAACUAGAUAUAAAAAAUGCAUUCCAUCAAAUAGAACUGCAUCCAGAUUCUAGACAUAUAACAACAUUCAUUAGCUCAAAGGGUCUUUACCGUUAUAAACGCUUAAUGUUCGGAAUUACUUGCGCACCUGAAUUGUUCCAAAAAAUAUUGGAAAAAAUGCUUUUAAAAUGUGAUGGGGUUAUCAAUUUUAUCGACGACAUAUUAAUAUAUGGCCGCGAUGAGCAAGAACAUGACUUACGUCUUCAGGAAGUAUUGCGUGUAUUAAAAGAAAACAAUGUCCUACUGAAUACCGAGAAAUGCCUGUAUAAAGUACAAAAAGUAAAUUUCUUAGGACAUGAGCUAACUCCUGAAGGUGUUAGACCAUUAAAUAAAUACAUAGAUAGUGUAGCGAAGUUCAGGGCUCCCAAGACUGUUGAAGAACUACAGAGCUUCUUGGGUCUAAUAAAUUAUAUUAAUAAAUGGAUACCUAAUCUCGCUACAACGACAGAGCCAUUAAAAGCCUUAUUAAGACAAAAGUUUGGGAAACAUGCAAAUAUCGAAGAAGUUUGGAGGAAUGAACAGGAGACGGCUUUUUCGCAGAUAAAGGAAAAGCUUAAGGAUAUUCCGACUCUUGGGUAUUAUGAUGUCAAUGACAAAACCCAAGUUAUAGCCGAUGCAAGCCCGGUUGGACUAGGAGCCGUCUUAGUACAGAUCGAUGCCAGAGGACCCAGGAUAAUAGCCUAUGGUAAUCGGACAUUAACUGACUGUGAGCGUAGAUAUAGCCAAACUGAAAAAGAAGCUCUAGCUUUAGUUUGGGCUAUUGAGCACUUUAAUAUUUUUCUUUUUGGGAAAGAAUUUGAUUUAAUAACGGAUCAUAAGCCCUUGGAGGUUUUGUUUGGCGUAAAGUCCAAACCAUGCGCCAGGAUAGAAAGGUGGGUGCUAAGAUUGCAGACAUAUAAAUACAAUAUAAAAUACAAACCUGGGAAAACAAAUAUAGCAGACCCCCUAUCCCGGCUAUGCAAAUACUCGGAAUAUUCGGCGAAUAAAAAUGACGAACAUGUGCAUCAUAUUGUCGAAAAUGCAAGGCCUAAAGCCGUUUCUAUGGCCGACAUUGAAAUGCAUUCUGAAGAAGACGAAGAAAUUCGUAAAGUGAAGAAAGGCAUUUAUAAUAAUGACUGGGACGACAGUAUCAAAGGAUACAAAAUAUUUGAUACUGAGUUAUGUUUUUAUGGCAACGUUCUCCUAAGAGGCAAUAAAUUAGUCAUACCUUCAAAGCUUCGUAAACGUGUGUUAGACGCAGCACAUGAAGGACACCCAGGAAUAGUGGCUAUGAAAGGACGUCUAAGAGGAAAGGUAUGGUGGCCCAGGAUAGACAAGGAUGCGGAAACCAUAGUUAGGAGUUGUAAAGCGUGUACUUUGGUUGGUUUGCCAAAUCCACCUGCUCCUAUGAAACGUCGUGAACUUCCUGAAGCACCCUGGGUUGACGUAGCGAUGGAUUUACUAGGACCUUUGCCUAGUAAUGAAUAUCUACUAGUUCUCGUCGAUUAUUAUAGUCGCUAUAAGGAAGUUAAAAUAACAAAAACGAUUACUAGUACUCAAAUCAUCAAAUUACUAAAAGAAAUAUUUAGCCGUUUAGGUUAUCCUUCAUCAAUUACGGCAGAUAAUGGACGACAGUUUAUAAGUGAGGAGUUUAAAGAUUUCUGUAAGGAGUGUAACAUAAUACUCUUCCAUACUGUCCCAUACUGGCCUCAGCAAAACGGCGAGGUAGAGAGGCAGAAUCGUGACAUUUUAAAACGUCUAAAAAUUGGCAAGAUAGAAAAUAAAGCUCUACCAGAGAGUUUGUGGGACUACCUCUUGAUGUACAACUCCACACCUCACUCUGUGACAGGAAAAACACCAUCCGAACUGUUCUUUAGAAGAAAAAACAGGGACAAAAUUCCCAUGCUACAGGAUAUAAAUAAUAAAGAAGAUGACACCGAAAUCAGAGAUAGGGAUAAAGAACAAAAAGGAAAGGGGAAAGAGUAUGGAGAUAAGAGAAGAAGAGCACAGGAUGUGGAUUUAAAUGAAGGGGACAAAGUAUAUGUCAAGGAAAUGGAUAAAGCAAACAAACUAACUCCAAAUUAUAACCCAACGCCACACGUUGUUGAGAAAACCAAAGGUGGAGAUGUUACCAUCAGAAAUGAAGAAACAGGACAGACUUUAAGGAGGAAUAUAUUACAUCUUAAACGAACAGAAGGUGUAUGGAAAGCCGUCCAGGCAGAUAAAGAUGCAACCAUGAUUAAUUCAGUGAUUGAUUAAUAUGUAAUUGGAAUAUAAUAAAAAAUAUUGUCUUGAUUAAUAAAGUUUGUUUUGAUUAAUAAAGUUUUUAAUUUAAAACAAGAAAGGGAUGUAGUGUUUGUGUCAGUAUAGUAACUAUAAAGAUAGUUACAUAUAUGCACAUACACUGUCUCGUGCACACGGAUGGUGGGGCGCGCACGGUAUACACCAUACCAUAGACUAUACAAUAUGGAUAAUACACGCUGAGACACGGUCGAGAGCGGACGCGCGCCUGCACAUAUCGUGUGUUGUCGAGCCAGUGGCAGUUUGUAGUGAUCAGUGUGAUACGGAGUAUAUUACAGUUA